AUGUGGACAUUUUCCAAUGUACUAAAAGAAAUAACCGACCGUAGACCAUGUAACCGGGGACAAGAUACCGAAGAGUUUUGUGUUUUCUCGGGGAAAGUUACCCGACGUUCUUCGAAAAUUGCAGAUGGAUUUAAGAAAAUUGAUGCUUCCAUUGGGGCUCUCAACCUCAAGUGCCUGAAUUUGCUUUUAUUUGUAGGAAAAAAUAAGGAACAAUCUCAAAGAAUUUUUGAACGUGACAGGCCCAAUGGGUGUUACAUUUUAUCGAAAACUGAUUCUGCGCCGUACUUGAGGGUUGGUAGAACACCACAGGGCCCAACUCUAACCUUCAAAAUUCUUGAGUAUUCGUUGGUUGCUUAUGUUGUCAAGUCUCAAUUGCGUCCGGGAAGUCAUAAAGAUCUUUUUGAUAACCCGCCUUUGAUUGUCCUUUCUGGUUUCGGGACUGGGGAGCAGCAUCUUAGGCUUACAACUAUAAUGUUUCAGAACAUGUUUCCUGCCAUUGAUAUAAACACUGUCAAGCUUUCUUCAUGCCAAAGAAUUGUGCUGCUAAAUUACAACAAAGACACCAAACAUAUAGAUUUCCGGCACUAUUCAAUCAGAUUACAACCGGCUGGGGUGUCACGACGAAUAAGAAAAUUUGUACAGAGCCAUCAGGCCCCUGAUUUGAGAACUCUUCAGGAUGUCAGUGAUUAUUUAACGAAGGCUGGUUAUGGAUCAGAAAGUGAAGUGGACGAUGAAUCAGCAACUGUAAGUCUACCAAUGGAUCUUGGAAGAGUUAAAAUAAGGCAUCAAGUAAGAGUGCUGUCAAACUUCAAGAAGUUGGACCUAGAAUGACACUUCAGUUAGUAAAAGUUGAGGAAGGACUGUGCUGUGGAGGAAUUAUAUUCGAUGCAUUUGGUAAGUACAUUUUGUUCUUCGGCUUAGUUAAAAUUCAAUUUUUGAAAGACUAGUUCCCAUUUUCUAUGGAUGCAUGUUUGGAUGACAAGUCGAGUGUAAUCUGCUACUAGCAAUUAUUAUUAUACUUUGGUGUGUUUGCUAAAUAAUCUCACCCGACCCAAUUCCAUUUAGCAAACAAUUAA